AUGUCCGACAAUCAGACGAAGAAAAGAACCAGUGGCCGAAGCACCCAAGGAAUUCCUCCAGCCCGUUUUGAUUCUGAGAUAUACGAUAUGUCGCUUACCCAUUCGCCGAAAGCAAAAACGCCGUCUCACAACCCUCAAAACGAACCCUUAAAUGCCGCUUCGACCAGUACACCUCCAGCCAACCUCAAUAAUGUUAAUUCUUCUUCUUCUUCACAGCAUCAAAAGACACCAGUCAAUUCGCAAGCCUCAGUUCCAAAACCUGCAAAUGAAAUUAUUGAAUUGAAGAAACACGUAAAUGCACAAAUGCAGCAAAUGCAACGUCAAAUGCAGGCAAUGCAGACAGAGAUUCUUGCUUCGACACAACAAAUGCAAAAUACCGCCAAACAAAUGCAAGAACAAUUCGCCAAUUUACAAUCACUGUCUGCAAUGCCUUCUUUGAUAUCACUAUUACAGCAAACACAAAGCCAAACACCGCAGCUGCACGUAAGUCAUAACCCACCAUCUUCACAUUUGCCAACAAGUGAGACGCAAGAGCCAUUAAAUUCACCAGACCGCACAUCGUAUCACCAACCGCCACCAGGAUCAUCCAUAACCUCACAUAUGUCUGUCCACAGUUCACACUCACAAAAUUCAUUACAUUUGCCUCAGAAGAAAAUUUAUCCAUUACCUAUUUUUACAGGCCUUCCCGAAGAAUGGCAGACAUUUUACGAAUCAUUUGAAAGCACAACCACUGAAUUUGGAUACUCCAACUUACACAACAUAAUGCGCCUGAGAGAUUCUUUAAAGGGCCGAGCAAAGGAAUCUGUAGAAUCCCUCUUAGGUAAUUCAAGCAACGUCGCCGCCAUUUUAGAACUGCUGCAAGAAACAUUUGGCCGACCGGAACAGUUGAUCAGGAGCCAAAUUGAAAAAGUAAGGUCGUUGUCACCAAUAGCCAAUGACAAUCUUGAGGCACUCGUCAAUUACGCCAACAAAAUAUGCAACAUGGCCACAUUUCUAAAGAACGCCAAAGGUGAGCACCAUUUAACAAAUCCUUCGCUUCUAAGUGAAUUAGUGUCCAAGCUGUCAACCAAUCGCCAAAUGCAGUGGGCAGAAAAAUGUCUGCAGCUUCAGGAACCAGCCACUAUCGUUGAUUUUGCAAAUUGGCUUUCUACACUACGCCGCCUAGCCAAUAUGGUCAACGACACAUUGCCAAUUGCAAGCACAUCUGCUAAUCGCCGCCAUGUACCAACAACUACUUCACAAACAUCCACCAGAAAAUUUGCCUGCGUUGGAGUUUCUUCUGGUUAUCAAUGUCCAGUUUGUAAUGGUGAGUGCAAAGGCAUUAAAAAUUGUCCAACCUUUUUACAGAUGUCACUGGAUGACCGUUGGAGCAAAGUGAAGCAAAUUAAAACAUGCUUCAGUUGCUUAAAGAGAGGACAUCAAGUAAAAAACUGCCACCAAAAAGGUCGUUGUGGGGUAAAUGGCUGCCAAAAACCACAUCACUCACUAUUGCACAAAACUUUUCCGGCAUUGGAGUCUUCAUCAGCCGUUUUGUCACAACCCAACAUGAAUCCCGAUGCAAUAACACAACAAACCGAAUCGCAAUUAGACGCAGGAAGAAAUUGCCAUGCAACAUGCCACACCGAAAACGUAUUGUUCCAAAUUCUGCCCAUAACAAUAUACGGUAAGCAAAAACAACUCACGAUCUACGCGUUUGUUGACGACGGAGCAAAUGUAUCAAUGCUGCACACAGACAUUGCAAACGAGCUAAAUAUACACGGCGAAAGAGACUUUUUGGAACUUCAGUGGCUAAAUAAUCACCGCACUUCACAAAACACCGAAAAAAUUAAUAUUACGAUUAGUGGAAUUGGCCACUACAAAGAUAAAUAUACAAUUUCCAAUAUUUAUUUAUCAGCUGAUCUGUCAUUGCCAGUGCAGAGUUGCCACAUGGCUCAUUUUUUAAAAUCCCAGGAAUGUGAAAAAAUCUCAAAAUUUCCCGUGCACGAUUAUUCUAACGUGCGACCAAUGAUGAUCUUGAGCCUGCAACACUCAUUUUUGACCGUUCCCUUAGAAGUUCCACGUCUUAUAAGUGAAUUUGGGCCUAUCGUUACAAUAACAAGAUUGGGAGCUAUUUUAUAUGGACCGAUACCAGGUGAUAAAAAUAACACUAAUAAACAUGUUUUGCAUUUUCGUAGGUGUUCAAAAACUGAAAAUAAUCUACUCGAAGAUAUGAACAACAUGAUGCGUGGUUAUUUUGAUGUAGAAACAUUGGGCAUCAAAGUUGAUACAAAACCACUGAUUUCAAAGGAGAACGAAAGGGCGAUGCAGUUAUUGAACAAGGCUACAAAGUGGGUAAAUGGCAGAUACGAAUGUCCUCUUUUAUGGAAGGAGAAUGUACCACUAAUACCGGAGUCAUACGACAUGGCACUAAGACGUUUAUAUAGCAUCGAACAAAAAAUGGCUAAAAAUCGUGAGUAUGGAAUCGAAUACAAAGCAAAAAUCGAUGAUUAUAUUAAGAAAGGAUACUGUCGGAAACUUACAACUGAAGAAAAAGAUGCCAAAUAUGAUCGUGUUUUUUAUAUUCCACAUUUUGGUGUGAAAAAUCCCAACAAAAAGGGUAUUCGUCUUGUAUUUGAUGCCGCCGCUGAAAUUAAUGAAUUUUCUUUGAACAAGGCCCUAAUAUCAGGCCCAGACAUAAAUAAUCCACUAAUCACCAUUCUUUUUAAAUUUAGAGAAGGCCCAAUCGCAGUAUGCGGAGAUAUAAAGGAAAUGUUUCAUCAAAUUGGUGUAACGAAAAUGGACCAAAACUGCCAAAGAUUUUUAUGGAGGAAUGGAGAUGUGAAUUCGCCAGUGGACAUAUAUGUCAUGGAGCGUCUGAUAUUCGGUGCCACUUGUUCCCCCACAAUUGCCCAAUUUGUAAAAAAUUUAAAUGCCAAAAAAUUUUUGGAUACACUCCCUAGAGCCGUUCGUGGUAUCACAGAUCGUCAUUAUGUGGAUGACUAUGUCGACUGUUUUCAGUCCGAAGAAGAUGCAGUCAAAAUAUUAAAAGAAGUCAUCAAAAUUCACAAAGUUGCGGGAUUCCACUUACAUGGCAUAAAAUCCAACUCGAAAAAAGUGCUUGAUGAGUGUGGUAACCCCGAUGGCGAUAAAGGUAGUAGUGGCAACACCUUUUGUUAUAAUGGGGUAGAACGAAUACUCGGUAUUCGAUGGGUACCCGCAACAGAUGUCUUUUGUUUUGAUUUAAAACUAAAUAAAGUGGACGGACGAAUAUUAAGUGGUAAAAAAAUUCCAACCAAACGAGAGAUGUUGUGUUUAAAUAUGUCGAUCUACGACCCGUUUGGUUUUGUGAGUGACUUUAUGGUGACGUCGAAAAUUAUAAUGCAAAGUGUGUGGAAGUCUGGUAUACAAUGGGAUGAAGAGCUCCCUAAAGAAAUAUAUGGCCGCUGGAAGUUUUGGUUAGCCCAAUUGCCAAAUAUUGUGAAAUUCAAUGUGCCAAGAUUCUACAACGGUGCUGCAGUGGAUCAGGUCCGACCACAGGAUGUACAAACAAUACGUGGCAAAUCGAGUGGCGGAAAUUUUAGAAAGCAGUCAGGUGGUACAAUGGAGGUGGUGUCCAGGUCCAAAUAAUCCCGCAGAUGAGGCAACAAGGGCAAAUCUAACCAAAGAAUAUGACCCGAACGGGAGAUGGAAAAAUGGCCCAAAUUUUUUAAUGAAAAAUGAGGUGGAGUGGCCGAAUGAAACAAAAACAAAUUCAGGUGCUGAUCGAAGUAAAGUGGAACUUCGUUCAAAGUAUAGAGUGCUGGUGGCAAGGCAAGUACAUUCAGUUAUACCUGAUAUUAAUCGUUUUUCGAAAUAUAGCAGAUUAAAAAGGACUAUGGCGUGGGUGCUUCGGUACAUGCAUAAUUUGAGGUGUAAAUUAAAACGAAGUGCUGGUAGAUCUGGAGAGCUGUCA